AUGUCGCCAGAGCUCAACUCAUACGAAGACCGAAUGUUGUACUCGACGUGGAACAUCACUUUCAGCAGCAUAGAGCAACGUAAUAAGUUGUCGGCAAACCUAGUUCGAUUUUGGGCAUACCUCAACAAGGACGAUGUUUGGUUUGAGCUGCUAAAACAGGAUAUCCCCAACAGUCCAGACUGGUUUCGUCAGCUCGGUGAUGAACUCUGCUUCACGCAGGCCAUGCGGGUGCUCAGUCAAUUCCGGCUGGUUGAGCCCAACUCAUGGAUAGCGGAACCGAUUGAGACUGGUGGCUACAGCAUGCACAGUUGUGUGCACUCAUGGACUGUCAACGUCUUGAACGCCGAGCGAGACAAUGCUCUGGCAAAGCUAGCCGUCCAGUGCAUCGCCUCGCAUGUGCCGCGUAGGGGUGAGCCGUUUUGGUGGAUAACGCAGGGCCGGCUGCGAUUGCACGCCGCACAGUACCCAUGCGACACGAUUGAUAAGUUGAGUGCGACAGACAACUUGGAAUAUGCCAUGUUUCGACUGGCAAACCUUGCUCUGGAUCAAGAUAACCUGGAAGCCGCCGAGCCUUUGCUCGAGCGCACACUCAAGCUUCAACAAACAUCACGCGGGUUGGACGACCUUGCCACGCUCAGCACCAUGAACGUUAUGGGUGCUCUGCGCAGACGCCAAACGAGAUUUGACGAGGCUCAUGAUUCGUACACGCGAGUGUUGGGCUCCGCCGGCAGUACCACGGAUGAGGCGGUUGCCUGUCGACUCGACGCGAUGUACAAUCUUGGCUGUCUUCAUCUAUACAAGGACCAGCCCGACGAAGCGGAGCGCUUCUUUCAGCAAGCACAGAGCGCAUACGAAAAGGCGGAAGGGUAUGAGGACAAGCUAUUUGAGCUCGAUUUGCUGGACUACAUGGGCAUCGUGCAUCGAAAGCUGGCGAGGCUAGACAAGGCCGUCAAGCUGCAUCGAAAGGCCGUUGAAGGUAAGACCGAGCUCCUAGGUCGCGGUCACAUGUCCACGUUAGACAGCACCGUCAAUCUCGCGUUGGCACUCUUUUGGCAGCAGGAGCUGGGAGAGGCCGGGAAACUCCUCUGGAAUGUCUGCAUGGGACGCGUGCAGGCCCUCGGCUCUCGCCACAUCUUAACGAUGGACGCGUUUUCGCUGUGGGACAACGUCCAGUUCCUGAGCUCCAACCCAAAAGAGGCCGAGAAGAUCCCGGGUAUGCUGGAGCGAGGUGCCAGUGGCGGCGUCGGCAGCAGUGGUGGCGAGCCUGACAUGUGCCACGUCAACUUUGCUGCGUUUUUCAGGUUCAUCUGCAGGCAACGGCCGGGACUUCGGUGGCACUCUUUGUACAAGGACCCUGAGUUGUGA